CCCGCCCCACGCGCGCGGACCGGCCCCGCCUCCAGCGUGCAUUUUGGCCACGCCCCCGCGCACGCCGCGCCGGUCCUUACAAUCCGUGUCGUGUCCGCUGUGCCCAUGGUCCUGCCCCGGGGAGCCAUGGCCACUUUCCGCUUGGCCCUCAUCCAGCUUCAGGUUUCUUCCAUAAAAUCAAAUAACCUUAUUCGUGCCUGUGACCUCAUCCGGGAGGCAGCAGCUCAGGGGGCCAAGAUCAUCUCUUUGCCGGAAUGCUUUAAUUCUCCAUACGGCACAAACUAUUUUGCUGAAUAUGCAGAAAAAAUUCCUGGUGAAUCGACACGGAAGCUUUCAGAAGUAGCAAAGGAAUGUGGCAUAUAUCUCAUAGGAGGUUCCAUUCCUGAAGAAGAUGCUGGGAAAUUAUAUAACACCUGUGCUGUGUUUGGACCAGAUGGAACUUUACUGGUAAAGCACAGAAAGAUCCAUCUGUUUGACAUUGAUGUUCCUGGGAAAAUUACAUUUCAAGAAUCUAAAACAUUGAGUCCUGGUGACAGUUUCUCCACAUUUGAUACUCCUUACUGCAGAGUGGGUCUGGGCAUCUGCUAUGAUCUCCGCUUUGCAGAACUUGCACAGAUCUAUGCACAAAGAGAUUGCCAGCUGUUGGUCUAUCCUGGAGCCUUUAAUUUGACCACGGGACCGGCCCACUGGGAGCUGCUCCAGAGAGGCCGGGCUGUUGAUAACCAGGUGUACGUGGCCACGGCCUCCCCCGCCCGGGACGACAGAGCCUCCUACGUUGCCUGGGGACACAGCACCGUGGUGUCUCCUUGGGGAGAGGUCCUUGCGAAGGCCGGUACGGAAGAGACAGUCGUGUACUCAGACAUAGACCUGAAGAAGUUGGCUGAAAUACGCCAGCAAAUCCCCAUUUAUAACCAGAAGCGCUCAGACCUCUAUGCAGUGGAGGCGAAAAAGCCCUAAGGUCUAUGCCUCUACCGUAUCGUUAAAUUGGGAGCUGAUUCCAGUGUGUCACUACUUCCUGCUGAGUUUUUUAAUGAAAAUGUUUUGGUUUUUGUAUUAAAUUGUGGCCUUUCCCCUUCUUGAGCGCUCCGGGUUGACGUGAGGGGCGGUUGUCAGUCUCCAAUGAACCGUAUUGUCCCGUGGGAAAGGACGCGGGCUGGCAGCUGCAGGCCUGAGGGCAGCAGCGGGAGGGCAGGCUCUCGGUUGCUUCCGAGCACCUGACGGAAAGCACCAGCUCUCCGUCUCCUGCUGGGGCUUUACCUAACACAAAUGUUUCUGUGCUGAACUUGACUCUGGGCUAGACUUGGGAUCCAUAUGUAGAAAACUUGGUCCAGUGCAAGUCUCUCUUGAGCUGUGUCUUAGUGUGAGGGUUCGGGCCUGUGAGUAGCUCUGGGAAGUGAGGUAGUGGCUCGAUGGGGAGACGGCAGUGCCACCGUCCCACUCAACUCUUGGGCUCUUCACAUGAAGGAGCUCAUUAUUCAACUCCAGACCCCCCCAUGACUUAGAGGAAAUGAAGCCCCCACAUCCCUAGCAAAUAAGCAGUUCUGUGGUGGAAUGGCAGUGGUGGCAUUGGCCUAAGAAAAUUGUGUCUCUGCAAGAGAUUUCCUGAAAGUCUCAUUUCCUGUAUCAGUAAAGGCAAGUUUUUAGGGCCAGGUAUGGUGCUUGACUUGCCUAUGUUCAACCCAGGUUCAAUCCCCAGUCACAUGUGGUCCCCCUAAGCCCUCAAGGAGUAAUCCCUGAGUGCAAAUCUAGGAGUAAGCCCUGAGUACUGUCAGGUGUGGCCCAAAGGAGUCUAAAUAAGUAAAUUGUUGUUUUUAAAAGCAAGUUUUUAGCCUCUUGGUUCUCAUACUUCUUUGCCGUUAAAACACAGAAUUCCAGUGAGCUCUUGUUUAUGUGUGUAACAGCUAGUAGUGGGCUGUUAGCCGUUAAACAGCCAGCUGUCUGAGACGAAGGACUACAGUUUCUGCAGUGGUGUUGGUCACUUUCUGUGAUAAACACUUUGACCACGGCUAAAGUGAUCUGAGCAUGACACCUUUAAAUGCAGAUGGGAACAGAACAGAGUGCCCCAGUUGGCUCACCAUUGUUGCAUCUAGAGAGUUAAUAUUGGAAAAUAAGACAGAACUUUAAAGCAAAGAAUUUGUGAGUGCCCAUUUCAUUGGGUGUUUUGUGGUGGCAUUGUAUGUCAUUAACCUUUGGAACCAGCAGUGGGUCCUAGAAAAAUUAAAAGGCAAAGUGCUUCAAAAUUAAUUUGGUAAGAUUUGACACAUUCAUAUCAGUGCAUCCCCUCAAUAAUGAACAUGCCCCCAGCCCCCAAAACUUUAUUUGUGCUUUCUUUUAAUAAUUCUCUAAGCACUUCCUUCAUCCCAGGCAAUCAGCUUUGUCACUAUAGAUUAGUUUUAAUUUUCUAGAAUUACCUAAAAAGGGAAUCAUACUGUCUGUAUCCUUUCUGUCUCUUUCAUGAAUUAAUAUUAAUCCAUCUGUGUGUCAGUACUUCAUUCCUAUUUUAUUUUUGAGUAGUAUGUACAUCCAAUAAUUUGUCCAUGUACCUGUUGAUGAACGUUUGAGUUGUUUCUAGUUGGGGCUAUUGCAAAUAAAAUGACUAAAAGUA